AUGGGAGGCUUUGAGAACUUUAUGCAGCAGCAGAACAUGUACUUCCCCACAGGAUCAUUCGACCUUGGCUCCAUGGCGCCACCCAACAUUACUCCUCCACUGUACCCGGGCACUAUCUCACCAUCGCAGCUCCCCCAUCAGGCCCUCAAGCCGACGAAGAGUUUCAGCGACCUCUACAGCCGUCAAUCCUCGGUCUCGGCUAGCUCGACCGAGCAUGACUGGGGCAACGACAUGGAAGUCAACAUACGCGCCUUGGCCAUCGAGAAUCAGUCUCAAGCGCAGAAUGGAGUCCACCAUCAGGUCCCUCCACAGCUGCAGCAUCUCAAUCAGGCACAGCAACAUCAUCUGCCUGGUCAUCACUUGCGCGCCACUCCGGACAUUAAGCCAAACAUUGAACGCGCUCCCCGCGACCCCAACACGCCGAACCUUGUCAGGCAUGCUGUGCAGAUGUACCAACAGUCUCCGAAUCGCCUUGACUUUGGCGAGUGCAAGAUUAUCAUCAUGUCCCCCAAGGUUGGACAGAAGAGCUACGGCAACGAGAAGCGCUUCCUGUGUCCUCACCCCCAGGCCACUCUUGUGGGCAAGACCUGGUUCACGCCAUCCAAGCAGGACGGAUGCCAGGUUUCGCCACUAAUGGCCCCGCGUGUAAACAUCAGCCUCGAGGGUGAGACCCCCGCAAAGGAUGGUCACGUUGCGUGGAUCACGAUGGACAACAAGCCCCUUGAUGACAAGAUCCACACCCAGAUGAUCACGGCCGAGGAUCGUCCUUUCCUGGGUAACGUGCCCGGCAAGAACCUCCACAUCUCGGACCUCGACAGCAAGCGUCGUGAAGUCAAGGCCGUGGUGACUGUCAAACCGCCUCUCAACCCCAACCAUCACCACAACUGGUCGAGUAGAUCUGCCGACAAUGACGCUCCCCUCUACGUGUUCCACAGCAAGGAGAUCAAGGUCAUAUCCAAGCCGAGCAAGAAGAAGUCGAACAGCAAGUCGGCUGACCUCAUUAUCUCGCAUGGCUCAACCAUAGCCCUCUUCAAUCGCGUCAAGUCACAGACCUCGUCUACGCGCUACCUCUCGGUUCCCGUGGACCUGACGACGUACAAGGGUUCUGACGGCAAACCCGCCACGGGAACGGUGCCUCCGUCCGUGACGAACGCGGACCCAACAUUCCAGGGCUUCACUGUCACGGCUAGCAACUGGGAGUCGUUCAUUAUCUACCUUGUCGACCCCACCAAGAAUGCUGGCUUGAGCAACAUCGCGUCUCCCAACCCGGGAUGGCCCAACUUGCCAGCAAAUGCAAUCCCGGUCCACCACGGGGCACCUCCGGUUCGCUACAACUCGACUAUUGUGCUCCAGUCGCUUCAGACUGGAAUCAUCUCGCCCGUCCUCGUUAUUCGUAGAGGGGACGACGGCUCGGACGUGGUUGGCAUGGACGGGACAUCGAAUGAGGCCAACGUUGCGAGCCCGUACGGCGAGCUCGCCGGCCACCCCGUAUCGCAGCUCCAAAAGGUCGCUUUCGAGGUGUACAACCCCAAGCAAUUUGAGGAGUACGAUCGCGAUCACAGAUGGGCGGGCAACUGGCUCUCGUGUGACCAGGAGACUGUGCGCUCGCAGCAUGUCACGAUGCCGAAGGACCGUCAGUGGAAAGCGGUUCCAGUGACGGGCCGCAACGGACGCGCGACCCCGAGCUCCUCGGCGCCCAACACACCAUUCCGGACCCAGGCUGUGCUCCCGAUGACUCCUCACAACACCACCAUCGGAUUGCCCUCCAACGAUGCUAGCCCCAACUCGUCCCAGGGGUCGGCCGAGUACUUUGGCGCUCACAGCCGCAAAGCGUCGUCGUCGUCCCUGUUCUCGCCGCUGCAGAACGAGAUUCAGCUUCCCUCGACUGGCGAGUCGGGUCCAGUGCGCCGCCAGCGUACCGGAUCGUCCAGCAGCCGCGGGCCGCUCUCGCGCCCACCUGCGCACCGCAAGCGCUCGUCCCACGACAUUUCGGCGUUGCACACCUCUCAGUCCUUCGACCACCUUGCCAACGCCCACAUCGGUAGCAACGCGACCGCCGAGCGCUACUACUGGACAAUCGACGUUGGGGACGUGUGCAUCUGGAGUAUUGUCUCGACCGAGCAGAUCGAGUACACCUUCUACAUCCCGCCGUACGCGAGUGAGCCCAUUGGCCCGUACACGCCCUUCCCAGUCGUCAGCCGUGUCAUUUCGCCGCAUAUGAGCGCCGAGAAGGUCCCCAACAAGUAUAACCACCAGUAUACUUCUAUGACGAGUCUUCCGCUCGUUGUCAUGUAUGGCAAGCAGUUUGAGAAGCAUCCAGACAAUACUCCCCGGUUCGACGUGUAUUACGGCGACCAGCCAGCGGCCCACAACGAAGUGCGCUGCAACGAGGUCAUGGCUGCGUCUGAGCCAGUGCUCAGCGCGGGCGAACGCCGGGCCAUCUUCUUGGCGCGCGAUGACGGCCAAAUCAUCGUUCCCACGGGCUUGUUGUACCCACCGGGGCUAUGA